CUCCGAUAGGCGCGGGAGCUCAGUUUGGAAGCUCACUCUACCAUCCAUCUGUCAACACUCACUACCUGCGCCUCUUGCCACAAACAGCGACCGGAUUUUCAUCUUUAAAACUGUCAAGAAUCAUCUCAAAAACCGUUAGACGUCAUUUAUUUCGCCAUAUAACCUUUCACGAUGUCCGACGACGAUGAUUUCAUGCAGGACUCUGGUGACGAGGAUUAUGACUUCGAAUACGAAGACGCCGACGACGAUGAAUCUGGAGACGUUGGAAUCGAAAAUAAAUACUACAACGCCAAGCAGAUGAAGGCCGAUAAUCCAGAGGAGGCUAUCGAUGAAUUUUUGGGUGUACCUGCACUAGAAGAAGAGAAAAGCGACUGGGGAUUCAAAGGAUUGAAACAGGCCAUCAAACUUGAAUUCAAACUGGGAAGAUAUGGCGAUGCCGUCGAACACUACCGCGAACUCCUUACCUACGUUAAAUCGGCCGUCACACGAAACUACUCGGAGAAGUCGAUCAACAACAUGCUAGAUUACAUCGAGAAAGGCUCUGACGACGCCAAGGCCUAUCAGUGCAUGGAGGAGUUCUACUCGUUGACCCUCUACUCUUUCCAAAACACCAAUAAUGAGCGUUUAUGGCUGAAGACCAACAUCAAGCUGGCCCGUCUUUGGUUGGAGCGCAAGGAGUAUGGCCAGCUGAGCAAGAAGGUGCGGGAGUUACACCGCGCAUGCCAGCGGGAAGACGGCUCGGAUGACACCAGCAAAGGCACCUACCUUCUCGAACUCUACGCCCUUGAGAUCCAGAUGUAUGCGGAAACGAAGAACAACAAGCGACUCAAAGCCCUGUACCAGCGAGCGCUCCGUGUGCGGUCGGCCGUGCCACACCCCAAGAUCAUGGGAAUUAUCCGCGAGUGUGGUGGAAAAAUGCACAUGAGUGAAGAGAACUGGGAGGAGGCACAGAGUGACUUUUUCGAAUCGUUCCGGAACUACGACGAGGCGGGAUCCAUGCAGCGGAUCCAGGUGCUUAAGUAUCUGGUGUUGGCGACCAUGUUGAUGAAGUCGGACAUCAACCCGUUUGAUUCACAGGAAACGAAGCCGUACAAGAGCGACCCACGCAUUUCGGCCAUGACCGACUUGGUGGAUGCAUUCCAGCGGGACGAUAUCCACACGUACGAAGAAAUCCUGAGCAAAAACCCAGACGUGUUGGCCGACCCGUUUAUUGCGGAGAAUAUCGAUGAGGUCAGUCGGAAUAUGCGAACUAAGGCCAUUCUCAAGUUGAUUGCCCCGUACACGAGAUUUUCGUUGAACUUUAUCUCCAAAAACAUAAAAAUCUCCGUGCAGGAAGUUCAGGACAUUUUGAGCUUCCUAAUCCUGGACAAAAAGCUCGAUGCUAAAAUUGACCAACAAAAUGGUAUUGUGGUGGUCGAAAAUAACAGCGACGUGGAUCGAUUACGAUCUCUCCAGGAGUGGAUCUCGUCGCUGCGGACGCUGUGGGAAGCGACCCUGAACGGCGAGGGGUUCAAGGCGGACGAGGCUGCGCAGCUUCAGGGCAUGGCAGCCGGACCCAUGUUCCCAUUGGGGUUUGGCGAUGACGGUCCAGUGGGGGCAAGUAUGCGCACCCGAUCACGGGGCGGAUUCAAAGGCCGGGGAAAGGUCGGAUCGAGGGCGUUUUAGGGCGUGCAUAUACACGCGCGCUCCGCCGCGAAAAAGAAAAAAGACAGAUUUCUUUGUCUCAUCCAUGAUUGCUGCAGGUCUACACCGGAGGUGGGCUGAACGAUGCAUGUAGGCGAAGAAGCUAGUUGUCUGUCUGUCGGCCUGUCUAUGGGCGUGAUGUGUUGUGAUCGCCGGGGGGAAGCAGACGAUGCGGUGUGUUCCCGCAAACACCGUACUUUUUUUUUUGUUGCUAGUGUCCCAUUUGCUUUUUUCCCCCCUGCCAAACUGGAUUUUGACUGGAUAAUGAUAAUGAAUUACGAAGAUAAUGAGAUUCUAACCAGAAGUCCGAUGGCUUGUUUUUGUACGGCUAUGGCGCGUCAUGUACCGGGUACUUGCACCCUGGUGGCUGGCAGUACUUACUUCAGAUGAAGUACUAGUGACAGUUGGCGUCUGUCAACGAGUCAGGACUCAAAUUUUUUUGUUUUGCUUUUUGUUUUGCUUUUUUUUUUUUUUUUUUUUUU